AUGGUCUACGGCUACCAAAGCAUCCCAACUGGGAACUCCUCCGAGCAGCUUCUGGGAAGGUUCGUGGCGGAGGAGAAGGCGAGAAGGCUCCAGGAGGGGAGCGACAGCUCGCAGUCCCCCGGCGCCUGUAGCAGCUCCAAGUUCUUCACCAUUCCCUGGACCAACCUGCUCGUGGCGGCCUCCAAGUUCUUCACCAUUCCCUGGACCAACGUGCUCGUGGGUACGUGCGGGAUGUCUCGGCCCUCCAAGUUCUUCACCAUCCCGUGGACCAACGUGCUCGUGGGUGGCGGGCUGCGAUUCGGCCGCCAGUCGCUGAUAGAUGCUCUCAAGGCGAGCCUGCAGCGCCUCGGCAUGGAGCGAGUUGAUCUCUACCAGAUCCACUUCCCCUUCCCCACCAUCAGCAACGCCACGCUAAUGGACGGGCUCAAGCAGGCGCAUGCAGAGGGGCUGGCCACGGCUGUGGGGGUGUCCAACUAUAACACACAGCAGAAGGCGCAUUCCCUUCUCAGAGCAGCAAGGUGGCUUUUGGAUCAAUCCAAUAGUCACCCUUCUGCUCCCUUCCUUAUCCCGGCCGACCCCCCCACCAACACUCCUGCCCCCCUUUCAUCCCACCAGCUGCAAGAGGCGCAUUCCCUUCUCAAAGCGGCCAGCAUCCCCCUGGCCUCCAACCAAGUCAAGUUCAAGCGUGCACGGUGGGCACUGGGGGAUGCGGGAGGGGGGCGAGUGGGGGGAUGCGGGGAGGGGGGCGAGUGGGGGGAUGCGGGGAGGGGGGCGAGUGGGGGGAGCAGAGGGCGGGUCACGGACACAGGGGAUAACAGUCACAGGGCACUGCAACACAUCGCACCAGCCUACUGGACCGAGGACCUGCAAGUGUCGCUCAUAGCCUACUCGCCCCUGGCAUCAGGCCUGCUCACAGACAAGGCCCUCACACGCUCAGACAAGGACGCCGUGCGGUGCCUGCCUGUGCCCUACUCGCCCCUGGCAACUGGCCUGCUCACGGACAAGGAUCUCACGCGCUCAGGCAAGGACGCCGUGCGGGAGAGUGGGGACGGGAGCAGGGGCAAGCGUGAAUGA